CAACGCAAACAAAAUUAUGUCAAAAAUAUUUCUAAAUUUCGUGUAAAAACAAAAACAUUCACACAUUCAUUAUUGCGCUAUAUUCCAUGUAAAUUUUUAGUUUAAUCAAUCACAGAAAUCAUAACGUCAUGGCUGAAAAGUGCGACCCGAAUAUCAACGAUCCAAGUUCUCCGACACAAGAUGAAAAGCCUUCUGGUAACUGGUGGGACUCGUGGAUAUCAUCUGCCAAAACAAAGUCAGCGGAAGUUUAUACAAUGGUCAAAAAGGAUCUAGACGAGAUUGGAACAGCUGUCAAGAGUGAAGCCAGUCAUGUGUUUAGCUCUACUUCAAAUGUUAUUGGCAAAACUUUUAAGUUGGAUGUCCCUGAAUCGCCAGCUAAUGUUAUGAAGAAAAGCUUCAGUAGUUUUAUUGGCCAAGUCAGUACAGUUUUGAACCCCGAGCCAGAUGACGAAGAUGAUACAGAAGUGAUUCUUUCAUCGGGCGAUACGACUAUGCUCUCCACAUACAAGAAAGAACUUGAAGCCCUCCAGCGUGUUGAUGCAACAUACAUAGUACCAGCCUACAGCCCUGAGUUUGAAGCCUGGCGGUCCAGUCUAGAAGACUCGGAAACAAUUAUAACACCGUCAUCAGCGAUCCGACGUUUGCAGUCCAGCCCAUUGCUAAAGGCGCAGUAUGACAAGCUAGUGCCUGAUGCUGUUACGCACGAGGAGUUCUGGGAAAGAUACCUGUUCCGAGUGGCGUUACUGCAGGACCGUCUGGCGGCUGCGUCUCGUAAACAGCCGCUUGAGGAGCCUACCACGGAUCCCGUGCUAGCUCAUCUACCGCUACAAACACCGAUAGAACAAAGUCCUAAAAAAGUACUUUCCGGUAUAAACACAGAAGCAAAUGAAAAAGACAUAGACAAUGUCGUCGCUUGGGAUGAUGAAGAUUUCGCAAAUGACGUAGAACUAACAGAAGAACAGCAGACCCUACUUCUAGAAGAGUAUGAGAAGGAAAUAGCCUCGAAGAAAUUGAACAAAAUAUCGACACGAGAUAUCACAAACAAUAACAAGGAGACCAGAGACAAACUAAACAACGAGACGGAUAAAAAACAAAAAAAUAAAAUUAAAUCUCCAAUAAAGAAAACAGAUGAAUGUGGCAAUAAUUUGGUAGAAGAUUACUUUGGUGAGAAAGACCAGGUUAAAGACGAUGCGAGUGCCAAUUCAGAUGAAAGCUGGGAGAAGGAGUUUGAAAUUGAAGAACCGGUGCAGCAAAAAGCCUGAUUGUUAGCGUAUAUUUCUACAUAUACACUGAAAUAGCAAUGGAAUGUAGAACUAAUAAAUAUAAUAUAUACCUGUCCCGUUCACAAUGCAAGGGACUAAAAGAGACGGUAAAAAGGAUUAUCAGAUCUAAUUAAGUAUUUAACGUGUAUGAUCAGAAUGCAUUGAUUAGAAGCUCAAAAUAUACUUUUUAUAAUGUCAACUGGCAACCCCAUGCACAAUUAUACACUGGCAACACUGAUAUAUAAAAAUAAUGCCUCAUUCAGCCUGAUCUUAUUGUUUACACAGCCCUAUUAUUACAUAACAGUAUAAUUUAUACUAAGUAUGCUAUUCUAUAGUAUCGCUUGUACGAUAAAAAUAGGGUUUUAUAUACAUGUAAAGUAUAUAAUAUAAAUAAACGGUAGAAAUAGUAUAUAAGGGAGUCAGAUGUGUCAUUUGUAAUUGUAAAUUGACGUUGAGGAAGUGAAAUAAUGACAUUUGAAUAAUAUUUUUUGGAAUGUAUCGUUAAAAAAAUAAAUAGAUUUUUAUGAGAUUUUGAAGAACAUGUAAUUAAAAAUUAGCUUAAUGUUGAAUAUGUUCACAUUCACGCUAAUAUUAAAUACAAUGUAAGCGUAUGGUCAGCAUCGAAAUGAAACGAAUCAUACAAUAAUGUCUAUAGCGUUAGAUAAAUAAAUUAAAAGGCAAUUAGUUACAGAUUAAAAAAAACCUUUUGAUUUAUUUUAAACUACUAUAUAAUUCGAUUAGUUUUAUUAUUUUCGAUAUCAAAAAAAAAAAUAGUUUUGAUUCUAACUGAUAUUUAAAUGAAAUUACAGUUGAAGGAUUGAGAGAAUUUAAUAGUUUAUAUUUGACUUUCGAUUCAACGAAACGUCAUCAAUAUUUUUUAAAAAGAACUGCUUCACCUAUAAAUUUUGUUUAGAUGGUUAAACAAUGCUCUGUCUUCUUCUUUCGAAUGACAAUUCAAUGAUGCUAGAACGAGACUAAGCAACGUUUAUAAGUAAGGUCGUAAAACUUUAACAAAAUAUUUCAUUUGACAAUAUUGCAUGUAAUCGAUAAGCAAUACUUAUCAAUAUGUAUUCCGUCUAACAAAAAACACUGUUUUCUGUAACUUUGAUUUAAAAUUUUAAUAUGUUUUAUUAAUUUUUUCAUAAUGAUCUGUUUACGAAAUUUUAUUUUUGGUUUCGAAUAUAAAUUUAAAAUAUGUCCAAUCACUAACGGCCAGAUUUUAAAAUUCAAAAUCAAAUUAAGUAAAUACUGCACGCUCAUUCGUCGUCUAUUCCGUCAUCGGUUGCCACAGACGAAUUACAAUCAUAAAGUCAAAUUAUUUGCUGGCGUUUUAGAAACUGGACUCUAAAAUUCAAUUAAAAUGAACUGCAUACAAAACAUUUAAGCAGAUACUUAUAUUUUUAUAUUCAAGGUCAUGUUGAACCACGUUAAAUAAAAGUAUUUUUUAAUUAUUUUAAUAUUUUUAGUUAAAAUUAUUUAAAAAAAAUUAUCGGACCUGAUUAUACGAUUUUUCGUAUUUAUUCGACACAAACAAACCUAUCUUACUGCCUUUUUAUUACAAGUUAAUUUAUCGACUUACUAACUAGAUAAUCGUUUGAAAAUCAAUAAAAUAAUACGAUUGUUUUAUUUUUUAUAUGAUAACGAUUUAUAUUGCAUUUAAACAGAUUUCUAAACGGAUUUGACAAUGGAUCCCUUUAUUAAAAACUAAUUUACCGUCAUGCGUUAUUUUGUGUGAUUUCUUUUAUAUCCAUUUAAUCAUUUAGUUUGAUGUAACAAAAUUUAAAAUUCUAUCCUUUUUUGUAUAUUUUUAUUACAAAUUCUAUUGUUUUCAACUAUAGAUUCUAUAUAUUUUAUUGUUAUUACAUAUUAUGGAAUUACAUUACAGUUACACCUUUAAAAUUAUAUGAAAACAUUUUGAUUGUUGUUCGGAAAUGUUUUUUUUUUUUUUUUUGUUAUAUUUGAAUAUUCCGUGAGACAGCAUAUAUAAAAAUAUUUAUGAACAGAUUAAAAAUGUUAUGCCUAAUUUCCACGAUAAAUUAACUAUUGGUACUAUUGAUUUUUAAUACAUUGAUAUGUAUUUAAUAUGAAAUGACUAAACAAAACCAAAAUGUGUCAAAAAGGAUAUUUUGAAUAUAUUUAUAUAACAAAAGAAUGUCUGAAAUUAACCCAAAACUUGAAUAGCGUAGACUCCUAUUAGAAACAAAAUUCAUUAUACCAUUAAAUUAAAAAUAAUAUAAAACAAGUUUGAAUCAAUAUGUAAUUUCGAAGGAAAAGUCCAAUAGAACAAAUGGAAAUUAUGAAAUGAAAGGAGUGUAUUGAAAGGUGUACGUAUUUAUCACACCAUAAACAACAAAUAUUAACCAUUCCAAACCAUAUUCGAAGACAUAGAGGUGAGCUUACUAAUAGCUUAAAUAAAUUGACAAAUUUAAAAAGAGACAAACAUUUGUGCGUUAUAUUCUUAAAGCUAAAUGAAACAAUGCGUUAUGUCAUUAUUAUAUAUAUUAUAUAAUGUUAUUUCUCUUACUCUAAUAAUUUCUAAGUAGCAAACAAACUGCAGGCAAAGAAAAGCAAAAAAAAAAUAACCAAAUUAUAUGUAAAAUCAAUCAGAUUUUAUGUCUCCAUUCUCUAUGUCUAUGAUUGAAACACACACACAGUUAUAAAAAUUUUCUCUAUGGAAAUAUACAUUAUUAUUUGAAAAUAAUUGUUUUCAUAAUAACAAUUAUUUCAUAAAUAUUGAAUUUUAUGUUAGCUUUAUUUAAACGAUAAAUAAUUAAGAUUGUUAGAAUGUUAUGAUUAUAAAUUAAGAGUGUGAUAUCCAUUUUCAUUUAUUCGAUGGUAUUAAUUAGUCUUCUUAAAUCUGUCAGCUAAUAUUUGUCGUUCGCAGAAGAAAAUAGUUUAGAAGUAUACAUGAAGACAAUACACAUGAUAUAUAUUAUAUAUGUUUUUGGAUAUAAUUUCUAUCUAUAAGCAAAGGAUACGUCACAGCUGUCAUUUGAAUUUGACAUUAGAUUUCGUUAUGUUUGUGUAAAUUAUAAUUAUAUUAAGAAUAUGAAUAAAAGUUAUUAAAAAUUGUA